ACCAACGACCAAAGUUUUCUCAGCUUUUUUCAAAUUUCAAUGAUGCAGAGGUCAACUAAGAGAACUAAUCAAGAACAAACAGCUUCAAUGAACAAACCGCCUAGAUUCAGUGACGAACAAGAGUUUUCAAUCAUGGUUGCUGCUUUAAAAAAUGUGAUUACAGGCAGUACUCAUACUUCUCCUGUCAUGGAUGCCAGUGCCAUAAUUUCAUCACCUUCUACGAGUAUCUCCCAUUCUAUUGAACCGCCCCUGUUUCGUCUUCCAGCAGAACCAGAGCCUUGUCAAUUCUGCAAAAUAAAAGGGUGUUUAGGCUGCAACUAUUUUGGAACUCCAGCUGAUGCUGCUGGUGGCAAUAACAAGACAUUAAAUAUUAUUGCGAAGAAGAACAAGAAGAAGAAGAAUUACAGAGGAGUGAGACAGAGACCAUGGGGAAAAUGGGCUGCAGAAAUUAGAGAUCCAAGAAGAGCUGCUAGAGUAUGGCUUGGAACAUUUACUACACCAGAGGAUGCAGCCAGAGCUUAUGACAGAGCAGCUAUUGAAUUUAGAGGUCCAAGAGCUAAGCUUAAUUUCUCAUUUGCAGAUUAUACAUCGAUUCAACAAACGAAUAAUACUUCUUCAACCCUGCAAGUGCAACAACAACAACAGUCCACGCAGUUACAACAGGAAAUUAACACAGAAGAAGAGUUCUGGGAUCAAUUGAUUUUAUCGGACAAUGAAAUUCAAGAUUGCUUGAAGACAAUGAGUUUUAAUGGAGAACCUUCUGAUUCUGCUAAUGGCUAUAUUGCUCAUAGCUUCUGAUCACUUUCAAUUAAAAACAAGAAUUGAAAAGGAAAUAGAAAGAUAAUUUAGGACAAAAAGAAAGAAAUUUAUAGCUGAUAGUUUUGGUAGUAUCAAAUUACAUUUGUUUUCCAAAUUUAGGUCUUAUAUUUUUGUUCUUUAAUUAAGAUUGAUUGUAUCAUAAAUAAUUAGACACCGUACUGGAAUUCUGUACGGAGAAUAUUACAUAUGGGGGCCUGAGAAAAUGACGCCAGAAAUCACCUGAUGAUUUUGAUGGCAGCUUGCCUACCAACUUCAACGAGUA